AUGGCGGAAGUUGCAGUGUCAUUAGUUAUUGAUCAACUACUUCCACUGUUAAGGGAAGAAGCCAAGCUAUUGAGAGGUAUUCACAAAGAGUUUGCAGAUAUUAAAGACGAGCUUAAAAGUAUUCAAGCAUUCCUUAAGGAUGCUGAUAAAAGAGCUUCAACAGCUGAAGGAGUCAAAACAUGGGUGAAGCAAGUUAGAGAAGCAGCUUUUCGCAUUGAAGACAUCAUUGAUGAUUAUUUGAUCCAUGUGGGACAGCAGCCUCCUCAUCCUGGAUGUGUUUUUUUUCUCCAUAAACUCAAAACUAUUAUUCCUCGACGCCAAAUAGCGUCUGAGAUUCAAAACAUUAAGUUAUCUGUUCGCAGGAUCAAGGAAAGAAGCGAAAGAUAUGGCUUCCAAUAUUCCUUAGAACAAGGAUCAAGCAAUUCUCGGGAAAGCCAGAAUUCCAAAUGGCACGAUCCUCGAGUGGCUGCUCUUUACAUUGAGGAAGUUGAUGUUGUGGGCUAUGAACCACAAAGAGAUGGGUUGACUGAUUGGUUGGUAAAAGGAAGAGAUGAGCGCACCGUAGUUUCUGUAGUUGGAAUGGGAGGGCAAGGAAAAACCACUCUUGCCAAGAAAGUUUUUGAAUGUAAGAAUGUCAUUCGACACUUUGAUUGUCGUGUAUGGAUUACCGUAUCUCAAUCAUAUAGUGUUGAAGGGUUGUUAAGGGACAUGUUGCAAAACUUUUACAAACAAAAGGGAGAAGAUCCUCCUGAGGAUAUUUUUCGAAUGGAUAAAGGCUCAUUGACGGGUGAGGUGAGAAACUACUUGCAAAAAAUAAGGUACGUUGUCGUGUUUGAUGAUGUUUGGAGUGAACAUUUUUGGGAUGAUAUUGAAUUUUCUGUAGGUGAUAAUAAAAAUGGAAGUAGGAUAUUUAUCACAACAAGAAACCUAGAUGUUGUGAUGUCUUGUAAAAAAUCUUCUUUUGUUGAAGUGCUUGAGUUGCAACCUUUAACACAAGAACAAUCUUUGGAGUUGUUCAAUAAGAAAGCAUUCAAAUUUGACUAUGGUGGGGUUUGUCCAAAGGAGCUGAAUGAUAUAGCUUAUGAAAUUGUUAGCAAAUGCAAGGGAUUACCACUAGCAACUGUUGCCAUUGGUGGUGUUUUGUCUGCAAAAGAGAAAAAUGUUUUCGAGUGGCAGAAAUUUAAUGAAAAUCUUAGCAUCGAACUAUUGAAAAGUACACAUUUAAUUGGGAUACAAGAAAUUUUGGGCUUAAGUUAUGAUGAUUUACCUUGUCAUCUCAAGUCAUGUUUGUUGUAUUUCGGAAUAUAUCCGGAAGAUUAUGAAGUUAAAACAAGGAGACUGAUUCAACAAUGGAUAGCUGAAGGGUUUGUGAAGGAGGAAAGGGGAAAGACUUUGGAAGAAGUUGCAGAAGGAUAUUUAACGGAGUUGAUUCAUAGAAGUUUAGUGCAACUAUCUUCAGUUAGAAUUGAUGGUAAAGUUAAGGGUUGUCGUGUUCAUGAUCUAAUACGCGACAUGGUUCUAAAAAAAUUCGAGGAUUUAAACUUUUGCAACCAAAUUAGUGAAGAUGAACAAUCAUCCUUAAGUGGAACAGUUUGCCGCCUAUCAAUAACAACCACUUCUGAUGAUUUCGUUGAGCGUACUGAAACAUCACAUGUUCGGUCAAUACUUGUUUUUACAAAUAAAGAAUCAAAUGUAUACUCCGUGAGGAGAUUUCCUACAAAAUACAAGCGCUUAAAGGUUCUUGAUUAUAAAUUUUCGAGAUUGUUGAAUGUUCCUAAAGAGUUGGGAAGUAUGGUUCACUUGAAGUAUUUAAGCUUGGGGUAUAUAACAGAAGGUAAAAUCCCAAACUCCAUUGGCAUGCUCCAGAACCUAGAGACCUUGGAUCUAAGGGCUGCUAAUGUUAAUGAGUUGCCAAAAGAGAUUAGCAAGCUUCGAAAGCUAAGACACCUUAUCGGCUCCGGACUAUCUUUGAUUCGAUUAAAGAAUCGCGUUGGAGAGAUGACAUCCCUACAAACACUAUGUUAUGUUAAUUUAAGUAUGGAUGGAGCUGUAGAGGUGAUUAAAGAGUUAGGAAAGCUGAAGCAGAUCAGAGAAAUAGGGUUGCUUAAUGUUCGUAGAGAAGAUUACAAGGUUCUAUCUUCCUCGAUCGCUGAACUGAAACACUUGGAGAAAUUACAUGUUAAACUAAGUUCUACAGCUAGCAAUGAAUUCAUUGAUUUGAAUUUGAUUUCCCCGCCGAGUAAGCUUCAAAAACUUACAUUACGCGGGAGGCUACAGAAGUUGCCAGAGUGGAUUUUAGAGCUUCAAAAUCUUGUUGUGUUGAGGUUGAAGCUCUCCUGUUUAACUAAAGAUCCAAUGGAAUCACUCAACAGUCUGCAACACUUGUUGAUCCUCUCUAUAGGUGUUGGUGCUUAUGGAGGCUCAAAUUUGCAUUUUCAAGAUGGAUGGUUUCAGAAACUAAAGGAAAUGGAUGUUGGAUCUUCAAAUGAAUUGAAAGAGAUUAUUAUCGACAAAGGAGCAUUGCCUUCUCUGAAAAAGCUUCAGUUAUACGGACUCCCUAGACUGAAGAAUAUACCGACUGGCAUCCAACACUUGGAGAAGCUUGAAGUUCUCCAUUUUCGGAGUAUGCAUGUUGACUUUUUGCAGCAAAAUUCUUCUGACGAUUGGAAUUGGAUUAUGGAACAUGUGGCCGUUGUAGAAAUUUCUCCAGUUGAUGGAUAA